AUGUAUGACAAACUUGCUGUUGAUGAAUUGCUGCUCAGCCUAUCAGUGGAUGAAAAAGUAUCUCUCACCUCAGGGAGAGACUUCUGGCACACGACCCCGAUCCCGUCUCGUGGUAUACCUUCUAUACGACUUUCUGAUGGCCCGAAUGGUAUCCGUGGAACGCGGAUCUUUGACAGCACGCCCUCGGCCUGCCUGCCUUGCGGAACCGCCCUGGGAGCGACGUUCGAUGUAGGGCUGAUGAUCGAGCUAGGGCAUUUACAAGCCGAAGAAGCAAAGGCCAAGGGAGCGGUGGUUGCCCUCGGGCCGACUCUCAAUAUCCAGAGAGGACCGCUGGGGGGCCGUGGUUUUGAAUCAUUUUCAGAAGAUCCAUUGCUCUCUGGUGUCAUGGCCGGCCACUACUGUUGCGGCAUACAACAAAUAAACAUUGCCGCCACUCUCAAGCACUUCGUCUGUAAUGACAUGGAACAUGAACGAACAGCCGUCAACGUGCUGGUUACUCAGCGUGCCCUCCGCGAGAUAUACCUGUUGCCGUUUAUGCUUGCAAUUUCCAUAGGCAACCCCUGUGCCAUCAUGACAGCAUACAACAAAGUCAACGGUAAACAUGUUUCGGAGGAUUCGGCUCUCUUACGAAAGAUCCUAAGGGAUGAGUGGGGUUACCAAGGUCUAGUUAUGAGUGACUGGUUUGGUACCUAUAGUACUACAGAGUCGAUAGAAGCCGGGGUUGAUCUUGAGAUGCCUGGUCCAGGUCGAUUCAGAGGGCCUGCAUUAUCCCAAGCUGUGAGAGCCAAGAAGGUCAAGGAGUCACAGCUUGAUGAUUGCGUACGGAGAGUUUUAAACUUGCUGAACUACUCAACAGGAUCUGGAGUUCCAGAGAAUGCCAUUGAAAAAUCGUUGAAUCGUGCAGAGGACCAGCUGCUGCUCAGGCGAGCUGCGGCUGAAUCCAUUGUCCUCCUGAAAAAUGAAAAUCACGUUUUGCCAUUCUCAAAGUCCAAGAAGACGGCUAUCAUCGGCCCAAAUGCCAAAGUAGUCGCUUUCUGUGGAGGUGGCAGUGCGUCCCUGACACCAUACUACAGCGUUUCGCCAUACGAGGCAAUUUCACAUCGGUGUGAAAAUACCGUGUACAGUCAAGGCUCCAAGGGGUACAAGCUACUACCUCAACUCGGGAAUGUUCUUCGGACAGAACAGGGCGUACAAGGCUUCAACUGGAGAGCCUUCAAUGAACCUGCGCCGGUGGUCGGCCGGAAAGUGAUAGAGGAGCGCAUCCUUAGAGAUACAAACAUGUUCUUCCUCGAUUAUGAGCAUGAAGAUCUAGCCCCUAUUUGGUAUUCACAAUCAGAAGGCAUCUUCACUCCAGACGAGAGCGGUAUCUACGACUUUGGUCUUGCAGUCGAAGGCACUGCAAAACUGUAUGUUGAUGAUGUACUUCUGGUCAGCAACGACGAAAAUCAGACACCAGGAGAAACUCUAUUUGGCUCGGGAACCAUCGAAGAAAUCAGCAGCAAAGAACUUACUGCUGGUCAAGAUUACCGGAUUCGUGUGGAAUGGGGGUGCGCACGCACAAGCAGGUUACCACCUUCUGGUUCUGUGGGCGGUAAGCAAGGAGGCUUGAGGUUUGGGGCGUACAGACAGAUCGAUCCUGUUCAAGCGAUUGAAGAUGCCGUAGAAGUUGCCAGAACUGCAGAUCAAGUGGUUCUUCUUGUUGGUCUGAACGGAGAGUGGGAGUCAGAGGGCAUCGACCGUAAGAAUCUGGAACUGCCCCCCCACACGGACGCCCUUGUGGCGAGAGUCUUGUCAGUCAACGCAAAUACGGCGGUCGUGAUUCAGACUGGGACAACAGUUGAGAUGCCUUGGAUUGAUGAGGCAAAAGCUGUUAUCCAUGCUUGGUUUGGGGGAAAUGAGACUGGAAAUGGCAUUGCUGACGUCGUUUUUGGAGACGUUAAUCCAAGCGGCAAACUACCUUUAUCCAUACCACGUCGACUUCAAGACAAUCCCACAUAUCUCAACUUUCGGUCCGAGGGGGGACGUGUUUUAUACGGCGAAGAUGUAUAUGUCGGAUACCGUUACUACGACAAGGUCAACGUGGAACCUCUUUUCCCGUUUGGACACGGCCUGUCCUACUCCAUCUUCAAGCUCCACAGUCUUCAUGUUCAGGUGGACGAUACCAUCAGGCUCUCGUUGCAUGUAUCCAACUUGGGCUCCUAUGCUGGGGCUGAAGUUGUCCAAGUCUACGUUGCGCCAAGAUCGGCCUCCAUUGAAAGGCCUGUCAAAGAGCUCAAGGGGUUUCAAAAAGUACACCUCCAAUCUCAGGAAACACGGCAGAUCGUGAUAGAAAUGAAUACGGUGCUCUCAACGAGCUACUUUGAUGAGACUCGUGACCAAUGGUGCAGCGAGGCUGGGGAGUACAAUGUGUUGAUUGGCACCAGCAGUGCCGAGACUCCUCUGCAACACUUAUUCAAGACGAGUAGGACGAAGUAUUGGUCAGCGCUGGAUAUGGAUGCGAGUCAGAACUCUGCAGUACCGUCCCUUGUUCCGAAGCCAGACACUAGGGCUUCCACGCACCAAGCCUGCGAUGCUUGUCGCCACAGAAAGCGUAGAUGCAGUUUUUCUACGGCGAACAGUCCGAUAUGGAAUUACACAGUACCAUCAUCAGAGUCAGCGACGAGGUGUAACAAUUGUGAAAAAUGGGGCUAUCGGUGUACAUUCCUUCUGCCACUGAGGGUUCGUGGCCCGAAGAGGAAAACGAAUCACCACCCUCUCGGCGGGGGGGAAGUAGAACCUGAUAUGUCAAACAGUCAAAGCCCGUUCUCACCACGCUCAUUACUGAGCCUUUCUUCUCAUGGUAAUGAGGAUUCGGCAUGGCUGAUGACGACUGCACUUGAGACAACCUCUCCCACAUGGGAUAGGCCGACAUAUCCAACCGACCUACUAUGCCCGCGAAGCCUAGUGCUCUACAUUCUUUCCGACUAUCUAAAGUACGUCUAUCCGCUGCUUCCUGUGGUACAUCGGCCAACAUUUGAGAUCAAUCUCAACGACAAUCGUGAUCAAUUUGAUGAAGAAUUCUUUUCCUUGAUCAUUUCUUUAUGCGCUGCCACAGUCGCACUUCUACCGUCCAGAUUCCAGUCAUACCUUGAUUUCAUGGCGCCCUUACCAUUUUCCACGCGCACAGAUAUGAUCAGUCAUUGUUAUAAGAUCCAUCAAAGCUUCAAAAACACACGAUAUUUCGACACAAUCAGCCACGGGAAAUGGGCAAGUACCUUUUUGUUGUCAAUAGCAUUCCAGCAGGUGGGGAAUGCCAAUCUGUUGCGGAUGCUGGAAGUUGAAGCUAUGCAGUUAUUGCGAAUGCUAGAAGUUCAAUACGUCUCAAGCCAUACGAGCCUCAACGCUGUUGAGGUCCAGCUACGCAAGAAAGCGUUUUGGCUAAUGUUUUUUGGCUAUGUUCAUAAUACUCAGAAUCCACGCAAUGAACGACUGAGCUUUCUGGACCCUGAGAUCCUACAUAGGAUCUGCGUCGAGGAGCUCAUCCCUGCUCCUGUUGACGACGAAUUCAUCACUACAUCUGGCAUACUUCCGUGCGCCGAGGCCUUGGAGACCGGAUCAUUGACGGCAGGCUUCAAUAUAAAUAUUCGUCUCUUUUGUGCUGCCAUCGAACGCCAGCAUACAUCCUGCUUCUGCUGCUCCAACGAAGAUGCUAGGGUGCGUCUGGAUUCGCUCAACGAUCAGCUACACAACGUCAAAUACAUGCUUGACACUUUGAUGCCUCCUCACAGCCCUUGGAAUAGAAAGGUCACCAAUGGAGACGAAAUAGAAACCAUUCAACGUGAGAUACUUCUGGCUAAUAUUCAUAUUACACAUUUAUGGGUCCAGAGUGCGAUCCUUUGUCAGAUUGAUGCCAUCUUAAGCGAGCAAACAGGGUUACCAUAUCCGCCAAAACUUGAUCGGACAGAGCCUCCGGAAGUUACAAUAAACUCCACGCUGUGGUUGUGGGAUAAACAAGAGGAUGUUUGUCGACAAAUGUUGCAAACCUUGCGUUCAUUUUCUCUGUCAGCUCUAGAGCCAAACGGAAUCUCAGUGGUAUACAAAGCCCGGGACAUGGCUGUUCCGCUACUUGCUUGUCCAUUCGAUGCCGAUGACAAGCGAGGGCGACGGGCAAGGGAGUUUCUGCGCGAGUUUUGUAGUUUCUUAUCAAUUUUGGAUGGUAGCAAAACUGUCCACACAGCAAGUCUGCGGAGUUGGGUCGAUCUGGGUCAACAAAGGUCGUCUGUCUCGCCUCCUUGA